ACUCCUACAAGCCUACAUGUGAAUUUUCUAAAUCUAGUUUUUUCCGUAUGCUCAAAUUUGAUUAAAAUAAGACAUACAUGAGGUAAAUCAGGUAAUGAAGAUGUUUCCCUCAGCAGUUUGCCAAGGUUCACAAGGCUCAAGGAAUAUGAUGUUGAAGAUUCUAUAUGCUCCUUCAGCCAUCAUUUAACUACACUGCUCCUAAAUUGGUUCAAAGGCAAAUUUUCCCAGGAACUAUAUUCCCAAAAUGGACUGUGUUUAGUUCAUGCUAUAUGAAUGGUGUUGAUGGUUUCGUACCCUUCAUUAUGGUUAUAAAUACUCAAAGUGAAACUAACCUUGGUGGACGAAAAUCUAAAGUCAGAACAAGCGAUGCCACGUGAAAAAGCUCAAGCACAUAUCUUAAUAUGGAGACAACACAAUUUUUUUUUUUGCAAAUUCUCAACUCCCAUUCAUUUGGUGAUGCCAAUUCUAUUUGUUAAGAUAUGCACCGCGCCGAAGUGGAAUUCCUUCCCAAAUUAUGCACGCGUAAUUCACGGCGAUGCUUCAGCAAUCCAUCGUAAUCCAACGCCGCAUCUGUAAAGAACGCUCGUAUUUCAACGAUUUGCCAGGUUUUCUGACUUUAUCUCCUGGUAAAGCAUCAGUGAUCUUUACAGAUGAUGCGCCGCUUAAUUUUGUCUACAAAAACUGCCAUCGAUAAUUAAGCCACCUGUAACUAUAUCACAUGUGCAAAAGUUUUAGAACGAUUCGAAUUAUUUCUAAGUUUCUCUAUGUUCUGAUUCGAAUUUUCACAGUAGCCAUACAGGGAUUUCCAGGCAAAACAUUAGCAACCCACCAUACUCAAUCUUAAUGACUAGCAAAUUAUAUCAGAUGUGCGGAUUUCCAGGUAUGGUUCAUGAGAAUCUUAUAAUUCUAUGCCUUACCUUCUAUUUCUGGAAUGCUAGCUUAAUUAUCACUGGCGAAUUGAUUCCGUAUGCACCUUAUUCUAUCAAAACUUUUCAAGUCGGGUAUUUAUAUUCAAUGCUUCGACAUGGAAUGGUGGACCAUCUACAACAAGUUAUUUGGAUAGUUUUUAUCUUUUGAUAUCCAGUUACUGCAAGUAAAGAAGGAUAAUUUUUUAAUUACAGGUAUGCCUACAUUUGCGAGAACUUGGAACAUUAUUCUUGAGAUAAUUCUUAAUUCAAUCCAUUAUUUCUUCUAAACCUGCAAGAACUUAGAACAUCAUUCCUGACUUCCUGUGAUAAUUUGAAUUCAAUCCAUUAUUUCUAUGAUAAGUUGUUGUGAUCUGUGUUUUUGUUUAUGAAAUUUUGCCCUUUUAAAUAUAAAUUAUCAUUGGUUUAAACAACCUACUUUUUAGUGCACAUAAUUACACCUUAAAUAUCAUCACUGUCCACAUUCGGCCAGCAACUAAAGAAAGAAUUGAUCUCUUUCAUUAUUUAAUAUUGACAUAGUUCCAGCCAGCAACUACUUUUUGACAUAGUGCAAAUCUAUUUUGCAUCUAAUCUUGUUUUAAUAAAUCAUGGUUAACAGUUAUGAGACCAAAUGAGAUGUGUGUGCUUUUCGUAUCCCUUCCUGCUGGUGAAAAUCCAAAGGCAAUCUGUUCCAAUCAAUGAGUUUCAUUGCCUCUCCAGUCUCCAUAUCCCCUCUGCCAGCAACUUGCUAUAAGUAAUGCAAAAAGUUAAUUCAUCCUCCAAACCCCAAACCUAGAACCAAAACUCAGCCAUGAUCUGCCAAAGCUUAAAACCUCAAUCCAAACCCAAAACCCAUACUAAAAAAGUAGCCCCAAACACCAGACCCAAAUCCCAGACUAAAAAAGUAGCCCCAAACACCAGACCCAAAACCCAGACAGAAAACCCCAAAUCCCCGACCCGAAAACAGACCUAAACUCUAAACACAAAAGUAAUUAAACCCCAACCCAGAGUGUACCCCAAAACCAGCCCCAAAAACCAGUCCCAAAUAAAAUAAUUUCAUUCUAUGGACUGGACUCGGUAAUGGAUUCUGCAUUUAAACCAUAGACUUAGAGAAUGGAUGUUUUUCAUUACCCCAUAUCUUUUUAGUCCUCCCUUCAAUUUAAAUCUCAUCAAAGGUCCAUCAUUUAGUCCUCCCUUCAAUUUAAAUCUCAUCAAUGUUCUAUCAUAUAAAAGCUAUUGGAUAUUGUUAAUGACUCUAUUUUAAUGGUUCUACUAUCCCUAGAGAUUACUAUGCAUUUCAAAAAAUUGGAGAUAAAAUGUACGGAGUAUUUGCUAUUGUGGAAAGUAGAUACAUUUUUAAAAAAUCUUUUAUAUGAAGGUCAUAAACAUGAAAAUCAACUAUGUGAGGAGAAUGGUGACUCAUAAUUGAGAUAACUCAAUUCUUGCCUUAAUUUUCAUUCCGUAAUUUUUAUUGGAUGAAGGACUAAAAAGAUUUUAUGUCACCAAAUACAAAAACUUUGAAAAUGCAACUGAAGGCUUCAUUUAUAAUAGCCUAUCCCCUUAUAUUAGUUGUAUGCAUGUUUUUUUUGUUCAAUUUUGCCGUCAUGCCGCUAUAUUUUGAAGAUCGCAAUAAGCUCUCACUUGGAUUCUAGACGCUCGUUGAUUCCCAUAGCCUUUGCACAUACAAAACAAGGAUAGUCAGCAAACACUGAAAAAUUUAGGAGAACACGUUCAUGAUUAUGGAAUUCACUCAUUUAAUUAACUUUUUAAUAUAUGUUAAUUGUAAUU